CCUGUAGUUGAUAAAAGUGAGCAGCAGGGAAAGAUGGACGCCCUAGCAAAUGUGGACUUUACAGGACAGCACUUGUUAUGGUAGCUAGGGUAAGAAAGCACUAUUUUCUAACUUUCGAUAGUUAGUGUUUUAAUUGUCAGCAUGUUACCAUCCUCUAACAGGGUCAGACUUAACCGAGCCGCGUUGGAAGACGUUGGGCUGAACGUGGAGCCGCGGCGAAGACGACUCCUGCAUUCAUUAAAUAAUGUUACAACCGCCUGCAAAAACCAGGAGAAGAGCCAGCUAGUGUCGGAGAAAGCCACGGCCUCCGUCCCCGACAGCAACGACCCCGUCCAGACUUCUGUAACGGAACAAAUGGGCCCUGGAAGUGUGACGGGUACGACCGGUAACAGCGCUGAGCGGGAGCCGGAGGAGAACGGCAUAGACAUUGCCAGAAAUAUGCUACUGUGCCCCCCUGGACUUGCUGGUUCAGAGGGGUCUUUGAGAAGAGCUGUCAGAACGUCCGGCUGUGGUCUCUGCGGUGACUGUAAAUACAUUUCACCCCAGCGGAAGAUAUUGGGUGAACAAGGGCGAAAAAACAGUAGCUCAGGGCCAGAGCAGCCUUUGGAAAACGCAGUCACUGAGUCCUCUAAGAAGAUUGUCAUAUGGAUAGACCAGUACCCAAAGGUGACGCUUUGCGAUGUAGCCCAAAAAUGUGAUUCUUUUAGUCACGACUGUGGCUACGUGCUACCGGAUGUUCUCAAAACCAAGGUUGUGCAUUGCUUCAAGCAGGACAUGAGAGCUGGAGCUGGGCCUGGUUGUUUAGGUCGUGAACAGCAUGAACGUGAGGAACAUGUUCUGGCUGCAGACACAGAGUGUCAGUCUGAGGAGGGCAUCUGUCAGUCUCAGAGUGUAACUGAACAGCAGAGACACCUGAGUGAACGCACAGACGUACAGACGUUAUCCACUCAUACCAAAUGUCAUUUCCUCAACGGUCGGACGAGUGUAGGCUCUGCAGUCUGUUCUGCUUCUAUCUCACCAGGUAAAUGUAUGAAAAAGGUGGAUUGCAGGACUGGUAUGUGGGAUAGAAAUGUGGAGGAUCGUCCUGGGCCACUUACAGGAGCAGACAUUCACAGAGACAAAAGAAUAAAGCUUGCUGAUAGUGUUAAAGAUGGAGUUUUGCCGUGCACUCCAGAUUUAGAAACCAUUAGUUGCAAAGACUCAGCAAAAAGUGACUCUAGAGACCAUGAGAUGACAUACCUUUGGAUGUCUGAUGACAGUCACUCAUGUUCAGAGCAUCCAGUUGAGGGCAGCAGCUCUUUUGGUUCCACUAUGAAAGAAAACUGUGUCCACAAGGAGCCUUCUUGUGAGACAGACAAUCCAGCAGAAACUGAUGCAGCGCAAAUGUCAUCUGAACCAUCCUGUCAGGGGACCGAGGUGGACACAGAUAGACCGGAGUCGUUCACCUGCCAGAGAGUGAGGGUCUAUUUGAGAAAGAUCAGAUUUUCUUGUGCACGCACGUACAUGUCCUGGCCCUUCUUUUACAGUGGCUGGACCCUUAAGGCACAUGCUGCUACCACAGGCUGUCCAGUAGAGCCCAGAGAUAAAGGCGACUCUCAAGUUCAUGAGAAUCAGAAAUAUUCAUCCAGCAACCAAACCAGUGACAUGCUCCCAAAUGCAUCUAUAGACACCUCCUCAGGCACAGCCCACCCGAUUCCUUAUCAAAAUAAAGAGAAGCAAGAUGGUGAUGGAGAGAGCAUUUUAGCAGAGAGAAACUGGAAAAGACGUGCAUGUUCAUGCUCUGUGAAGAUUGCACCUUCCUUUUUGGAGGCUGAGGAAUCAUCAGGAAGUCUUUGCUCAGAUACUGCCACCCUUUCCAACCCAAGUCAGCGUGGCACUGACACAUACUCACCCUCGUCUACUCCAGCACAUGGCCCUGAAACGGGCAGCUUCACGUCUACACCUUCCUCCUCAGCACUCGGCCUGGGUGACUGGGAACCUGCCACCACUCUGUCUGCAUCGUCUUCACCCAAACGUGUGGUCAAAGCUGCAGAAAAAACUCUGUUCCACUGUGAAGAAAACCAAAAGACGUCAUGGACUUCAUUCUCCAAUCCUCCACACAACUCUGACUCCUUAGAUUCAUGUCAAUCCUCCCUCCUCCUCCCUCAAGAGAGUGAUGAGGGAUGGCUCACAGGCAGGAGCCCCCCAAAACUGGAGCCGUAUUAUAAAACAAGCCCGUUUAGCCAUGAUCUUACGACACUAAAGAAGAGAUUUCUGCAAAACGUCUUCUCAGAAAAGGGUUUAGAAAUAGAUCCAGAUGAGGUAAUUCUUCCACCAGUGCUCUCUCCUCUCACGUCACCACGAAGGCCCUCACAGAUGAGCCCCCUGUCCCAGACCUCAGGCUGUUUGGAUGAAGAAGAGGGGGAUGAAAUUAACUACAACACCAGCAAAUUCAAAAUCUCACCUGGAUGUCACAUGGCACAAAUUUUCAAUGCCAGUUAUGUAAACUCAAUGGAUCCUCUUGAAUGUGAUCGUGGAAAAUUUGAAGGAGUCCAAACAAAUUUCCAAACUACUUCAGGUGAGCCUCAGUCCUCUCGAAGCCCGGAUGAAUAUGUGGAUGAUGAUAAUGAAGAGGAAAGCGAGGAUGAAACUGACUGUGAAGAUGUUGUGGAACAGGGUAGCAAGAACUCUGCACUAGCUCCCUCCAACCCUAAAAUAACAAGUUUUACCUGCGGUGCUCGGUCAAAACCCAGCAGUGAUGAAGAUGAUAAUGAGGCCUUCAGUGAUGAAGAAGAGCCAUGUUCUGCUGAUGAAGAUGGAUCAAGUCCAUUUGAAACUGCAUGCAAUGAAACAGAUGGACUCGGAGCAGAAGCAGCUGGUGAUCCUCAGCACAGCACUUUGAACGAGUUCACAGCUUUCAAACAGGAUAUCCUUCUUGUCGACGUAAUCCAGGACGACCCAGAGCUGUUUGAAAACAUGCCGCAGGAAAGUCUGCUGAAACUGGGACCCACCAGGGUCACUGAGGCCCCUAAAAGCAGAUCCAUCGGAGUGGUGAGGAUAGACGGAGCAUCACCGGAACUGAAACAGAGCUUUACCCCAGUUAAGAUACAUUUUCGCUGCGACAGCCCUGAUAUGACAGAGCAGAGUGACAGCAGGCCAUGGAGACCCCAGAGCAGCAUCGCCUCUCCCAAAACGCAAAGCAGCACGGGGCCUGCCUCAGAAAAGCAAACCAAGAACAUGCGUCAUCCUGAUAACAACAACAAUCAUGUAAACGGGGUCCUGGAGAGCCGGCCCAUCCCAACGGUGAACUCCCUGCACGGUCACAUCUCUCCACUCAUGAGUGUGAGAAAGGGGUCGCUGCUCAAAACCCCAGCAAACAUGACUGAGUUCAGGCACCAGAAGUCUAAUGCUUACUGCAGGCAGUACUUCAGUGAGUCGCUGUCCUGUGGGUUCAAGAUGUGUCGCUUCCAGCACGUGCCUGUGAAGGGGGAUGAGAAGUUGUGCAUCGAAACUGUGACACGCUUCAGCAAAAAUCCACUGUGCCUUCAAAAAGCAGGAGCUGUGUACACAGGCUACUACCAGAACAACCCACCAGGAGUGUAUUUCUCUGUGUCCAUCUUUCUGUCCCUCCUCUGGGCUCUGCUCAAAGCCGGCAUGGUUUCUGAUGUCUUCUCAGUCCUCAGUGUCAGCCUGGCACACAAGAUCGUGCCUGGCCAUGAGUUCCUGUUGGCCCUCUUUAACACUGUGAGAGAAAAGGGCCUCACAGGUUUUGUACCUGAACUCAUGCAGCUCACAUUUAAGAUGGCCAGUGUUGGCCUGGUGCUGAGCUUGGACUGCCUCGACUGUGUCAGAAACACUCCUGAGUUCCAGCAGACCCUCCAUCCAAACUCAGCUGCUUCAGUGUCUGCUAACCACAUGUUUUCCACCAGUGCACCCUUUCCGGAGUAUCUGAAUUUGGCCCAUUCCAUUGUGGAAAUAGAGCUGUGUACCAAGCAAGAGGACUGGAGGAGGAUGGGGCAGGUUUUCAGGUCCAUCUGCCAGUCCAGCAAACAUUCCAACCACGUUGGGCGAAUCAGCGGUCACAUUGCCAUAGCUCUGCUUUCUGAGAGCAAAGACAAGCUGUCUCUGCCCUUUGCUGCCUUUGCUGAGACAGUGUGUCUGACCGAAGGUGAGGACAGCCUGAUGAAGACUUUUUUAGGCAGAAUUGGAGUCUCUCUCAUGUUGAGAUACCACAAAACGCAUCAAUGGGCCAAGGGUCGGAGGGUGGUCGAGGUGCUGUCCGUUUCAAAAGUCUACUACUCGACACUGAAGGGUUUGUUUGGGAACGAGGACGGAGCAUCACGCUGCUACCUGGUCACCGUGGCUACUGAGCUCUUCCUCCUGAGUGGCAGCGUGGAGGGAGCUCUGAACACACUCCGAGAGAACAAGUGGUUCCUGAGUUCAUGCUCGUGGCCGUGUGAGCCUGCUGAUCUGGAGAGUAGGACUCGAGUGUUGAUCCGUCUGGCUGAGAAAACCUCUCACAGAGACACACUGGAGGUCCUCAGUAAUCUCCCUGGACUCAAAGAGCCAAACGAUUUGGUGGAUAUCUCCGGGUACGUUCCUCUGUUUAACUCUCACCUUCAAGUGUGUGAGGACAGACAGAUUCUGCCCGUGGCGUCAGACACGGUGGACUUCAUGCUCUCUAAAAAUCUGGCAGUAGACCAAACUUUGCUGCGGACACUUUUGCAAAAACUGGGCAAGCAGAACCUCUGGCUCAGGGCUCGGGAAGUCUUCAGACACUCUCUGAGUGAGGGCUACUACCCAGGGGUGUCGGCUCCUCCUGGUUUCAUGACGCUGAUCGUCCCCUGUCAGCUGGGGGAGGUGGAGCUGGCUCUGAGCUACGAGAUGUUCAUCACCGUCAACGCCACGGACAUCAUCCAGCUUCCAGAGACCAGCACUUCAUGUCUCAGCAUCACUCUGAAAAGGACUCAGAGCUGUGAGAGUGAGUACCUCUCUGCUGGGAGCCGCAUCCUCUCUGCAGCUUGUAUCCCUCAGCCCAAACUCACAGUUCACUACACAGCCGUGAACGCAGCGCACGAUCAGGUGUUCACAGUGGACAUUUCCUCUGCUCGAUGCUGGCUGCGCCACAAUCAUUUAUGGGCCAAUGAAGUGUGGAUGCACUGAAGCAAACGCUUAUUCCCCUGCAGUCCCUGGAAGAACCUGACUUUCCUUCCUGUACAAACUGCUUAUGUUCCAGAGACAUCAGUGGACUCUGGGAAAACAACCAAUGAAAUCAGGAAAACCAACACGCGUGUUUCUGUUCUCUCUAUGUUUGUUGCAAUAAUAGUCAUCUUUCAAUUUUUCAAUUUGACUCCGAAGCAGAAAAUCACCACCAAAGACUGACGCCAGAAAAAAGAAUAAUAACUGUUUUUGUUCUGAUUUGUUUUAAAAUACAUUAUAGGAUUUUUUUGUUUCCUAAAGAGUUCUUUUAGCUAAUCUGUCCUUGAUUUCUGUCACUCAGUGUUUGUGAGUUUUACUCCUUAAAAAAAAAAGUCUGUUGGGGAACAGAGUGUAGCAUAAUUUUGUCGGGUUGUUAUUAAAAGUAUUAGAUUGAGUUUCUAACAAUAUAAAUAUCACCUAAGUGUAUAUAGGUCUAUAUUUAUAACUGUCUUUGACAGUAUUAAGUUUCUGUAUCAUCUUACUGAUUGUCAAAACCUCAAUUGUUGCUCGUUCCACAGCUGUGAUUUACAUUUUCUUUGUAGAACGUUUUUAUAAAAACCGUUGUUCUCCA